ACCCGAGGAGGCUGACCUCCAGCCCGGGCGCCCGGUUCAGCGCCGCCCCGGCCGGCGCCGGUGCCUGCCAGGCACUCAGGGAGGCGGGGGCGCAGUGGAGGAGGCGGCGCCAUCGCGAAGCGAGCGCGUCGCCCGCACUCAGCCUUGCCACCCCGCCCGCAGUCCAGGCUGGGCUGGGCGGCAUUUGCCGAGGCUCCUCGGCCAGGCCCCGUCCUCCCGAGCCGCGCUGAGACCCGGGCAGCGGCCGCGUAGAGAGGAGGUGGCAGCGGCCCGGGAGGCCGGAGCCAAGCCAGCGACCCACCAUGGAGACCCGCUACAACCUGAAGAGUCCGGGUGAGCAGGGCUGGGGCCCCCGGGCGAGGAGGGCGGAGUGACCCUGGACCCCGGGGUGGUCGCCGCCUCGGUCCCCUCGCGUCUGGCGCCACUCGCGGCUCAGCUCCUGGUUUCGCGCUCUACGCGAGACCGCCGCCUGCCCGGGAAGUACAGGCCGCAGGGCGAGGUGGCCGGGUGGACGUCCGCUGCCAAUCCCCCGGCCGGCCAGCGCGCCCCGCAGCACCCAGCCUCUCCCUUUUCUCAUCUUCGCCUGGUCCCGUAGAGCUGGGUCAGAAACUCAUCCCUGAGAACAGGUGUAAAGCUGUUAAACGUUUAAUGAAAGAAGCGGCAGAAUUGAAAGAUCCAACAGAUCAUUACCAUGCGCAGCCUUUAGAGGAUAACCUUUUUGAAUGGCACUUCACGGUUAGAGGGCCCCCAGACUCCGAUUUUGAUGGAGGAGUUUAUCACGGGCGGAUAGUACUGCCACCAGAGUAUCCCAUGAAACCACCAAGCAUUAUUCUCCUAACGGCUAAUGGUCGAUUUGAAGUGGGCAAGAAAAUCUGUUUGAGCAUCUCAGGCCAUCAUCCUGAAACUUGGCAGCCUUCGUGGAGUAUAAGGACAGCAUUAUUAGCCAUCAUUGGGUUUAUGCCAACAAAAGGAGAGGGAGCCAUAGGUUCUCUAGAUUACACUCCUGAGGAAAGAAGAGCACUUGCCAAAAAAUCACAAGAUUUCUGUUGUGAAGGAUGUGGCUCUGCCAUGAAGGAUGUCCUGUUGCCUUUAAAAUCUGGAAGCGAUUCAAGCCAAGCUGACCAAGAAGCCAAAGAACUGGCUAGGCAAAUAAGCUUUAAGGCAGAAGUCAAUUCAUCUGGAAAGACUAUCUCUGAGUCAGACUUAAACCACUCUUUUUCACUAACUGAUUUACAAGAUGAUAUACCUACAACAUUCCAGGGUGCUACGGCCAGUACAUCGUACGGAGUCCAGAAUUCCUCAGCAGCAUCCUUUCAUCAACCUACCCAACCUGUAGCUAAGAAUACCUCCAUGAGCCCUCGACAGCGCCGGGCCCAGCAGCAGAGUCAGAGAAGGUUGUCUACUUCACCAGAUGUAAUCCAGGGCCACCAGCCAAGAGACAACCACACUGAUCAUGGUGGGUCAGCUGUACUGAUUAUCAUCCUGACUUUGGCAUUGGCAGCUCUUAUAUUCCGACGAAUAUAUCUGGCCAAUGAAUACAUAUUUGACUUUGAGUUAUAAUAUUGUUUUGUGACUUAUGAGCUGUGACUCAACUGCUUCAUUAAACAUUCUGCAUUGGGUAUAAUCUAAGAAUUGUUUACAAAAAGAUUAUUUUGUAUUUACCCUUCAUUCCUUUUUUUGAUCCUUAUAAGUUUAGUAUAAAUAUAUCUAGACAUUCAGACUGUGUCUAGCAGUUACGUCCUGCUUAAAGGGACUGGAAGUCAAAGUUCCUUGUCUCACUAUUUGAUCUGCUUUGCAGGGAAAUAACUUGUUUUUUCUCAUGUUUCAUCUUCUUUUUAUGUAAAUUUGUAAUACUUUCCUAUAUUGCCCUUUGAAAUUUUUGGAUAAAAGAUGAUGUUUUAAGUUCCAAUGAGUAUUACUAGUUACUCAAUACCACUUAUUGAGUACUCUGUUUCUACGUAUGUAGAAUGCAUAGGGAUAGAAGAGUUGAAAAGGGAAAGCGAAACUCCUCAAAUAGCUUCCUUAAAAUGUCAUUCAUAGGAGAUGUACUGGGAUUGCUCAUUCUGUGACUUUGUGUCCUAAACAUUCUUCAGUGAAAAUAAUUUUAUUUCAGUCAAACAUUUAUGAGGAAAUGAGAUCACAUCUUUGUCACUGGAUGCUACUUGAAGAGGGAGUACUUUGUAACCACUUUGAUAUGCUGUUAUCACCACCCCCUGCCCUCUGCUGCCAUAAUCACACAAAUUUAAAAAGAAAUAAAACAGUCUUCCAUAGAUUUUUAAGGAAGAAAGGGCCCAAGCCAGGAGAUCGCUUGGUUUUCUUCCAGAAGUUAAAUGGGGGGAUCUGAAGAUUUGAAUGUUUGGUCUGCUUUGAAAUGUAUGUCUUUUGGGAUGUAUUAUAUGCCUAGCUUUAUAAUCAGUAUAAAUUUUAAUUAUUCCAGGAAUAUGCAUAAUAUUGAAAUAUUUCAUGUACUAUUUUAAUAGAAAACCUCAGGGCCCAAGUAACAGUGAUAGAAGUUAGAAAAACCUUUACUUAGAAUUGUCCACCUAGUCAGAGCCCAAGAAAGAAUUUUCAGUGGAAAAAUCAAUAUAUAACUUAGUGCUAGCUAGCGCCACAGACUCUAGUAGGUAAUAUUAUCAUCAUAAUGGCUGGUGAGACCAUAUCAUCACAGAAAAACAUUGCCUUCAGCAUGUUCAGUUCGCAGCACUGAGGGCACUCUUGAGGGUGUUGUUAAUGAAGAUUUAAUUUUUAAAUACAGGUGGUUCCAAGCUUUCAAAUAGGUUAUGCUCCAAAAGUGUUAUUUGUAAGUUAAUUUUUUUACAAGUCAAACAAUGUUGGAAAUGGUAUUUAGGUUCUAGAUCGGUCCACGAAAGUUAGCCCAUAUGUAUAUCUUGAAUAGUAUAGGGGAGGGUAUUCAUAAAGUCCUUAUGUGGUUUUAACUAAGUGAAAUUAUGGACAAGAGAAAUAAUUGUAAAAUCAUCUUAAAGGCAAAUUUAAUUUUUACUCCUGUUUAUGGGACAUUCGUUCUAUUAACUGUCAGACACAAUUUCUGUUUUCAUCUGAGAGCCAGUUUUCCUUUAUUUCUACAUCUAAAAUAAGAACAUAUUGUAUACUAUCAUAUAAUACAGAAUUGUCGUAAACUUUAAUAAAUUCACAUUUUAAAGGUGUUUACAGAUUAUUUUUUAUAUCUGUAGCUGAAUUUGUUAAAGUCUAAAAAGCUCAAGGACUUUAUGAAGAUCUCAUUAUAUGAGGAAAAUCAUAGGUUACCAUUUUAUAACUCUAUUGCCAUAAGAAAAUACAUUCUAAAAUCUUGAUUUGAAACAUAUUAGAAACCUUGAUUCAGUGCUCAGUGGUCUCCUAGUAAGAAGUCACCGACGGUAGCGUCAUAUGAGAAGAAAGAAAUCAUCACCACCUCAACCUCUGCUGAGAUUGUGUGCUAGGAACAGUCUUCCCUCCGUUUCCCCUCAGUCAAACUUGAGCCAGCCUCUGGAUCGAUGUGAUCUUGUUGCAUGUUUCCAUGGGGUGUACCUAUACUUUAAGCCAAUCCUGCUGCAUUCACUGCUAAGUUAAAUAAAAAGCCAAGAAGAUUUUGCACUGUGCAGAUCCUUUGCUAUCUGACUUGCAUCUCUUCCCCCACCUGUCAGCUAGCCAUCUGCUUGUUUGUGUUGGGAUAUUUUUUAGCACCUGAAGCACCAUCUGAAAGGGGCACCAUUUUCUUCUUCCCUUUGAUCUCACAUAUGCUCCCUAAAAAUCCUUAAGUUGUCAAUCUGAUCCCCAGUGUGAGGUUAAUGAGCAAAAUUGGUCUUUGGGGCCCUUUUUGUCCAAGCCCCACUGAAAGGCCUCUUCAGAAAACUAUUAUCUUUAAAGCCCUACUUUAACUCCUUAAUUCCAGCAUACAGCUAAAACUGGAUGUAUAUUCUGGUAAGUAAAGGCUGAGGACUCCUCUUUAAUCCUCAGAUCUAGAUAACUCAUGACAUUUUAUUUGACCAACAUAGCACAUGAUGAGAUAUCAAGGUAAUUAAAAUAGCAUGCUUGAAAAAAAUACGUAAUCUGUUUCACCUGUAACUGUUUAAGCCAAUAAACUUUUCAAAAUUUAUGUAAUGUGGGGCUUUUAUGUAGCACUUUACGUUUUCAUGCUGCUUAUUGUUUUAUUCUACUGAAAUAAAUGAAUUUCAAGAUUCUCAACUUUUUUAAUUUCAAAAA